GGGGAGCGAGGGGGAGGGGGAGGGGUGCGAGGAGGUGGAUGCGCGGCCGGCGCUCGCGCCGAGUGUGCCUCCUAGCGGAGACCCGCUGAGCCUCUCGUGGACUCUGGCUAGCAUGGGCCUCGAGGGGCUGCACGAUGCCGCAGACGACACCCUCGAGCUCGGAGGCGUAGAGCCGGAAGGGGCAAGCGCUGACCCGCCCGCCGCCGCCGACCCGGAGGCGCCGGCCGCACCAGCUCACGAGCCGGCGCAGACCGCCGACCCGCCUCCGCCGCUCCCCUCUGCCCCCGCCGCCUCGACCCCCUUCGUGAUGGAGAGCCCCGUCCCCGGCCUCUGGAACGCGCCCGCACCUCCCAUGCCGGCCCUCCCCUUCCAAGGGCCCGUGCCCGGCGGCGGCCCAAGCACCGCUGCCGGCGAGGUGCUGCAGGCGGCUCAGUCCGCCUCGACCGCCGCUCUCGGCGUGGUCGCCUCGCUGUCGCCUCUCCCCGCGGUGGACGGCGCGGCGAGCGAGCACAGCGAUAGCGACACCGAGUCGAUCCCCUCGCUCGUGGACAACAGCGGGACCGACAGCGACGGCACCGUCGCCGACAGCGAAGACACCGUCGACCAAGACGCGUCGGCCGGCGAGGAGGAGGUGGAGGCACACUCGCCGCCGCCGGCCCUCAGCCCUGCCCUCAGCCCUGCGCCGGACUGCUCGGGCCGGUCCGACGACGGCAGCGAGGAGGCGGACAGCGAGGAGACGGACAGCGAAGGCGACGGCAGCGAGGAGGAGGGUAGCGAGGUGGAGGUGGAGGAGGACAGCGAGGGGGAGGACAGCGAGGAGUCGGACCGGGGCAGCGAGUCGGAGGCGAGCGACGCGGGGGCGCCUUCGGAGACGGCGGUGGAGGACGAGGGCGACGCAGGGCAGGCCGGCUCGGCGGCGACCGAGUGGGAGCUGCAUUCUGGCACCGACGCUUUGGCGGCAGCAGCGGGCGCGCCGCUAAACCCUUGGGCGCCGGCGGUGGACACGCCGCCGCCCGCGCCGGCCAAUCCUCUCGGCGCCCCCCCCGGGGGCGCGCAGCUGAUGCCGGCGCCGGUGCCGAUGCUCUUCGACACGGCCGUCUUCGGGCCGGCCGUCUUCGGGCCGACCGCUGCGGGCUUUGCCCCGGUGGCAGGCGUCGGCGAGGCGGGGGGCGCCGCGUCGAGCAGCGCGGGCGGCGGGCAUUCUAGCGGAGACUUCGAGACAUCGGGCGCGUCGCCCGGCCGGGCGCGGGUGCGGCGCGCGCUGCCGUGGGAGAUGUCGGUGCUGGUGGGCCAGCAGGCGGUGGUGGAGGGUGGCGAGGAGGCGCUCACACCGCUCCGCGGCGUGCUCUGCAUGUGCUCCAGCCGCCCCACCCGCACGUCGUGGCCUCCGGCCGGCCGCCUCUCGUGGGUGGAGCAGCGAGGCUCGCGCGCGGCGCAGCCGGUGCAUGCGCUUUGCUCCGAGUGCGGAGGCACGACACGGCUCACGUGCUCGCCGAGCGUGCUCGAGCCGGCGGCGGGCGGGCCGCGCAGUCUGUGGCGGCUCCCGCCCGCCUCCUUUUGCUCCGCCUCGGGCUGGAAGGAGUCGCGCCACUUUCACCUCGACGGACGGCUCGGCUGCGUGACGAGGCACCGCCUCUCGGGCUUCCACUCCUUUCGUACGGCGGUGGCGGACGAGUGGGUCAUCCGCGGCGAGGUGGAGUACGCCGUGCGGGUGGACACGCUGCGCGAGCCGUGCGCCAUCGCCGUCGGCGCCGUCACGCCCGCCGCCCUCGUCAACUGCGACUUUGGCUGGGCGCCCGGCUCGGCGGGCGUGCGGCGAGAGCACUCGUGGGGCUACGUGAUGGAGGAGGCGCGCGCGGACGGGGAGGAGGCGCCCCCCUCGACGCGCGCCGUCUCGCUCGGCGGCUCCGGCACAGACGGCGUCAAGCGGGUCGACGCGCUCCCCGACGGCAGGCCGCUGCCGUCCGCGCGGCGGGGCGACACGUUUCGCGUGCGGCUGAGCCCGGCGAGCGGCCGGGUAGAGAUCACGCUGCGGGGGGCGUCGAUGGUGCUCUCGCUGCCCGCUUCGGACGCGGGCCAGCCGCUCGCGCUCGCCGUCGGCCUCAAGUACGCGGCGGACAGCGUCACGCUCGUGUCCGCCGCCCGGGAGGAGGGGCUGCCCGUCCCAUAGCGCCUGCGCGGCCUGCCGAGGCUCGGCCCUCGAGGCCGCGCAGCCGGUGCCGCGCGCACCGCGCCCGAGGCUGCUCAGGGCGGUAGCGGCGGCCCGCUCGUGUCCCUGUACAACAUGAUGGUGGGUGCGGUUGGGUGAGGCCUCGCUCCGCUUGCUUGCGACUCCUCCCCACGCCAGAGGCGGCAAGCCUCGUCUCUAGUGUGGCGUGCUGCUGGCGAGGGAGGGUGCAGGCGCGCGCGGACUUUGGUCUGCUAGGGAGGGGAGGGGGGCAGGGCUUACUGUGCCGCACGCGUGGAGAGGGGCGUAACGGAGAUUACGGAGAGAUGCCGCGUUACACGUGGACCGAAGGAGAGAUUUCUGUGUGUGGAUAAUGGGCUCGGCGGUGUAACCUGAACCGUGAACCGCAUGGCGACACAGCUCCGCAGCUGUCGAGAGAGCUGACAGCUCAGCUCGGGUGUUACGGCUUUCACAGUGAAAGACCGGCCCGUAUUGCAAUCUGUUACAUAAUAUCUGGCAGUCGAGAGUCGCGUGGUCCACUGUAUCCCUCCUCCCGUACUUUGUAGAGUACUCUGAACUC